AUGGCCGACACGCACAACUUCCACGCCUCCACGGCGUCGCACCAGGGCGGCUUCGACGACGACGAGACGCUGUCCCCGCUCGAACAAGAGGUUCUCGACGAAUACGCGCGUCUGCUCGGCAACCUCAACGACAUGAGCACUCUCCUCAGCGACCUCAGCGACCAGCCCAGCGCGGCGAUUCUCGACGGCCUGCGCGGGCUCGAGCGCAAGACGAGUCUGGUUUUCACGCUGCUGAAGGCGAGUGUGUAUAGUAUUGUGCUGAAUCAGCAGAUUCAGGAUAAUGGGCAUGAGGCGGAGGGGGAGGGGGAGGGGCAGGGGGAAGAGGGGUGGGCGGGGUAG